AACAGCCUGGGGGUGAGUGUUGUCUUAAUGCUGAUUUCCCACUCGCUCAGGCUGUAGGGCAGAAGGCUUCUUAGUAGAUUAGUCUGCAGCACUGACUGUGAUCGAUUUCCAGUGCCAUGACAUCGGUGAGCAGAGAUGUGUUUGGGAUUCUGCCAGGUGGUGGAGGCACAGUGGAGCGGUUCCAUCUUGAGUCGGAGCAUUUAAAGGCAGACAUAAUUUCCUAUGGAUGCAUAAUAACUCGCUUGGAAACGAAAGACAAGCACGGGAACUUCACAGAUAUUGUUCUUGGGUUUGAUGACCUAGAAGGUUACGUGAACAAACAUCCCUAUUUUGGAGCAGUUAUUGGACGUGUGGCAAACAGGAUUGCCAACGGUAAGUUUACAGUGGAUGGAAAAGACUAUGAGUUAGCGAUCAACAAUGGACCAAACAGCAUUCAUGGAGGGAUCAAAGGGUUUGAUAAGGUACUCUGGACCCCAGAAAUGGUAGAAAAUGGCGUCUGUUUCUUUCAUACAAGUGCAGACGGUGAUGAAGGAUACCCUGGAGAAUUAAAAGUCUGGGUGACAUAUACCGUUGAUGGCAGUAAACUAACUGUGAAUUAUAGAGCUCAAAGCACCAAGGUUACGCCGAUUAACCUUACAAACCACUCCUAUUUUAAUUUGGCUGGACAGGGCUCAAGCGAUAUAUAUGGCCAUGAAGUCUCCAUAGAUGCAGACCAUUAUCUGCCAGUAGAUGACACUAUGAUACCAACAGGAGAGGUUGCAUCAGUUGUUGGAACGUGCUUUGAUUUGAGGAAGCCAGUUAUGCUUGAAAGUCGUAUCGAGAAGUUUCAGAUAAAUGGGUUUGACCACAACUUUUGCUUGCGUGUGGAAAAGGAACCACAGCAUUGUGCAAGGGUCCACCAUCCAUCUAGUGGCCGGGUGCUUAGUGUGAGCACAACUCAACCUGGGGUCCAAUUCUAUACAGCUAAUUUCUUAGAUGGAUCUCUGAAGGGUAAAGGGGGUGCUGUGUACCAAAAACAUUCUGCAUUCUGUCUGGAAACACAAGCUUGGCCAGAUGCUGUGAAUAAGCCACAGUUCCCAAGUGCACUUCUAUACCCUGGAGAGGAGUAUAACCACACAACUUGGUUUGAAUUUGCAUAAUAGAAUACUUCAAGAAGUAUUUACACAUUCACACACAACGACAUCUGGAGGAAACAAGGACCUUUAUAGGCAGAGAAAUGAAUGAAGGAGCUAGUGGAUUAAGAUGCAGUAAUAUAAUCAUUGAAGAUUACUACUGUGUCCUCUUAUAAAGUGAUUAUUAAUUUUUAGAUGCAAAUAUGGAAAUACCAAGAUACACUGUAAUUUGUUUAAGGGUGUUUGUAUUGUUGCUUAAAAUUAUAUUGUAUUGAAAAAUUGUAAUAAACAAUAUUAAUUAACUAAUGUUAAA